AUGGCCGAAAACCUAUCUUCCCGAAAACUCAAUGCCGCCGUCGCAAAGAUCGAUGAGGCCACCCGCGGUCCAAAUCCCAAAGUUCCCGGAAUCGUCUGUGUCGUUGUGGAUCAAAAUGGUGACUCUAUACUAUCGCAUGCAUCUGGCUUUGUCGGUCUGAAUGGCCAAUCUCCAAUGACUCUCGAUACCGUUUCAUGGCUCGCCUCAUGCACAAAGCUUCUCACUGGGAUUGCCUGCUUGCAAUUAGUAGAGCAAGGCCGACUUGCUCUCGACGAAGCUGCACAGCUGGACAGACUGGCACUAGAACUGAAGGAGCGGAAAGUAUUGACAAAGGAUUCGGGGGAUCGGUAUAGACUGGUUCCGCAGGAGCGGGCGAUAACGCUCAGAAUGCUCAUGACACAUACGUCUGGAUUCGGAUAUGCCUUGAUGACCUGGAUCUAUGUGCGUGGGCGAGACCAAUCGGGCUGGAUGACUUCUCCGGCAGGAAGGAGGAUGUCUUGUUCCGACUGCUUGUCUUUCAACCGGGAACAGCUUUUCAGUAUGGCGUUGGCAUUGAUUGGGUUGGGGUGGUUAUAG